AUGUCUUUCAUCAUUACCUCAAUGUCGCAGCUCAACCUGUCUGAUGUCACGACUAUGGGCAACCUGAAGGAUACUUUCCUCACGUUACCGGUGGAAAUUCGAAUCGAGAUUCUAUCAUACCUCGGCACGAGGCGCAACAUCACGCCUAUCACGGCAGCAUCGCCCUGUAUGCUCGAUACCUACAUCGAAAACGAGAUGUACAUUCGACGUACAUUCUACAAACGAACGUUUACCGACCGGAUGAUGCAGGAUGCACUGGCUUUUAUAACCUUUCCUCCGAAUACUUAUGGUAGUCUCAAUAUCGGACAUCCGGUUAUUCUGAGUCAUAAAGCCCGGUGGAUGUCUAGAGAACUCCCAUGCCCUUUCAAUACCACGCGUCGGAACGAUAUAGAUGAUUUAGACUCUCUCUACCAUAGACUCGACAAUCGCAUCCCAAAGUAUUGGGUUGGACUACCCAAUAACCCAAACGGUCCUGUGAACUGGGUUGCUAGAAGCCAGAUUGAGAUUCAGAGACACUUGCAGAAGCUCUUGAAAUCGGAAAUAUUAAAGGAAUGGUGGUAUAAUAUACUCGCACGGGUGGUGAAUGGUGGCGCCAUUCUUAGGGAUAUGGAAAAAACUGUUUACGAUACGUCGAACUAG